AUGAAUUUUGGAAAGCCACUAUCGAACUACGAAUUGGGACACUGCCGCCGCUUCUGUUUCAACGGCGGAGCCUGUACAGGCUGCUACCGUGACGCCUUUGGCCUGGCCCAGUGUACCGGCUGUGUAUGUCCAACCAACCUAUGGACCGGGGAGCGCUGUGAAGUGAGGGUUGGUACCGUUGGAACUGUACCAACACCCGCUGUCGCCGAUGUGCUCGCCUGGCUGUUCGGCAUAGUGGCACUCCUACUUUGUGCUCUCCUUAUCACCAUUUACAUCCAUAAAAAGCGCAAUUCCAAAGUCCAGGACUCCACAACUACAGAAGAAGGCGCUUUCUAA